AUGGAGCCAGGCACCCAGUCUGCCAUCCAGCCAGUCAAGUCAGCUAGUCAGUUUAAAAAGUCAGUCAUCCAGCCAGUCAAGUCAGCUAGUCAGUUUAAAAAGUCAGUCAUCCAGCCAGUCAAGUCAGCUAUUCAGUUAUCCAGUCAGCCAAUCAGUCAUCUAAUCAAUCAGCCAGUCAGUCUUCUAGUCAGCCAAUCAGCCAAUGAGAUAUGGCGGACUGACCUGGACUUCCUAGUGCCACACAAUGACCGACUAAUGGUCCUCAGCGUCAACUCAACUACCGUCAACCCCGAGCUGCCUUCCUCAUCCACCCAUAACCCUGCAGUCCUCCCUCCAACCCUUAUUCCAGAGACCACCACCACCAUCAACAACCUGGCGUACAAUUUUCCACGUCGAUCGAGACGAGGUGCACCAAGCAAGAUGGGCGACACUUCCCACAACUUCCCUAACCAACAUGGCCGUGAGACCACCUCUACCACUCAAGUCCAGGUGCAAGAGUCGCUGUACAAGACCAGGAAAGACACCAGCUAUCCUCAAGAGAGAAAACAAACAUUGAAUAUGGAGGAUCCCCUCGAGGGAAAGAUAUCGUAUGCCAGAUUACCUGAGGAUGGCAAGUGGAGCCCCUUAUCCCCUGAGUUACUCAACUACACUGUUGCUCUUCUGGUCUUUGCUAUCAGGUACCCAUCUGUGUUCUGGCACACCAACAAGACAUUUGGUCUGCUCUUCUCCCUGCAACUGAUAGUGAAUGGUAUCCACACCAUCCUCAUCAUCACUGCCUUCACCAUACUCUACAAGCUUCACGUGUGUGAUAGUUCAAGAGAGCUGCAUGGAGGGGAGAACUUUCUUCUCAACCUACCAGCAACUGUUGGAUUGCUCGUCAUUGCUGUGAUGGUGGUCACUGUGUCCUCAUCGGCCAUUUACUUUUAUGGCUACCAGAAGUUCACGGAUUUUGUGGUUAAAAGUCGGCAGCGAUAUCACAUAACAUAUGAAAAUGAGCCCGGCUCCAUACGACCGUAUGCCCCUCACUGUGCUGCGCUCAUUGUGCUUGUUGCUAUGGGAGUCUCACACGGACCACUCCUCUGGGACCUCUCGUUGGUGUACCGGGGUUCUCUAGAUGCCAUCGUUCUGGCUUCGGUCAUUGGCUCUAUUGUCCACUUGUUCCUGUGGAUUGUUCUCUGGCUGUUGCUAACUGUCAAGUCAUCUUGGACGUUCAAGUUACGUGUGACGGUAGCCCGAGCGUGUGUGUCAUCUGCUCGUUCAAUCAAGUUAGUGAACGAUGUGGAGCUGUCAUGUGGAGACGCACAGAGGCAGGCCCUCACCCCUCUGCUCGUGGUGGGGUCGGGGAAGGCAUACGCCAUCAAUGAUUCUGUACCAAAGAAGACCAUCAUGAGUGUUGUGCAGAAGAGCGUGCGAGGCGAGGAGGAGAAAACAAGACCAGUGUCCCCCAGGCAGGCUAAGGUCACAUUUGAUGAGGGUGGCAUCUUGACUUCCCCCAGAAAAGGAAAGAUAACAAAGCCCACAAAAGUUGAAGAAUCGACUUAUCGACGAGUGACGACUCUCUCCGACUCUGAAGACGAAGCCGGUGAUUAUGCUCUCCUGACAGAACCAACAGAGGAUGAUCGCCAGCAACAAGAAGAGAAUCCACGAUAUGUUGACAGGCAACAGAUUCUUGCGUACCACCGAGCCAUGGAGGAGCGACGGUGUGGUGCGCCAGGCACUGGCAGUACUGUACCUGACUACGAGGAUGCUGAACAUCUCCACAUGCGUAGUCCCCAACCCUCACAUCAUCUAGAGUCCCAAGGGCCAAUGACGCCACGCAGCACCCGCAGCAAUGAUUCUGGCGUGGCUCACGAAGACCGUUCCCAACGCAGUGACUCGGUGUCGACCUCAUCUUCCAACACUCCACCUGAGAACUCUGAAGAGUCUGGAGUGCAUUCUGGAGCAACGGACAUUAUGAGGAACAGGUCCAAUAGUGUGGAUGACCUGACCCAGCUGCCUCCUGAUCCUAAUCAAGUGAUAGUUUCAGCAAAGGCCAUGUCUAUGCCUCGUCCAUCAAUGGGCUCCUCUCCUGGCAUCUACGGAUACACUUGUGUUGGAGGAAAUGCUUCUGCUGGAACAGUCUCACCUGUGCCAGCGGCUGUCUUGUACCCAGCUUCGGAAUCAACUGUUGUUAUUCGAAGGCAGCGAAACCUCACACAAGAAAUCAAACCACCAGUUGAUCCAAUUUAUGGCACGAGGCCUUUGACCUCUUUCACUGAUCAGCAGCAAGACACUAAGAAGAAGACUCUAAAUGAAGAUUUAAUGGCCAUUGCACAGAACAGCUUCAACAGUAACCAAUCAACAAACUCAAGUGGGUACCACAGCAGCAGUGCUAAUGGCAGCAGUGGCAGUAAUAGCUCUAGUAACUCGCCUGUUCCCCAACACCCAGGGUCCUCCAGCUCUCCUGGACAACCUAUCUAUGGCCAUAAGACGCCUAGUGGUGUACAGAAUAUCUAUGGACACAUGAAUCGUUCAAAUCCAAGAGUUAAUUCACACGGUGCACAGAGUAUGUAUGGUCGCACAGUGACUGGAUCGAGUGGAUCUCUCAAACUACCUCAGGCUCCACAGAUACCCCUACCCCCAAUCCCUCAAGGUGCUGUGCCCUCAAGCGCAACUCAUCAGAGUUCGCUGCAAGACAUAUAUGGCCGUACGACCGGUCAAAAGAUUUAUGGGCACCUAGGGGAUGCUAGUAGUAUUUAUGGCACCGGGUCAUCCAGACAUCCAGUGAGUCGCUCAGUUAGUCUAAGAUCAUCUGGAGCAGUACCAAAGUACACAACCGGAGGUUUCUCACACUUGUCACGAGAGUCCAGUUAUAAUACUAACGUGUGAAUUCAAGUAGAAAUGCAUUUUUUUGGAGUAAAGUUGCUAUUUGACUGAGUUCACUAACUCUCAAAGCAGAGAUAAGUCUUUAAGCAGACAUUUUGGUCUUAUCAAAUUAAGACCUACUACUUCCUGAUGAUCCAAUAAGAACAAAAACAUUGUUUUGUAGAUUUACACCAAUAUGUGGAUCAGUUGUGAACUGUUCCAGCCAUGGUAUUGUAGCUUGUUCCAGCCAUGGUAUUGUAACUUGUUCCAGCCAUGGUAUUGUAACUUGUUCCAGCCAUGGUAUUGUAACUUGUUCCAGCCAUGGUAUUGUAACUUGUUCCAGCCAUGGUAUUGUAACUUGUUCCAGCCAUGGUAUUGUACUUGUUCCAGCCAUGGUAUUGUAACUUGUUCCAGCCAUGGUAUUGUAACUUGUUCCAGCCAUGGUAUUGUAACUUGUUCCAGCCAUGAUAUUGUAGCUUGUUCCAGCCAUGAUAUUGUAACUUGUUCCAGCCAUGGUAUUGUAACUCACAUUGUUAUUUACCUGAGUCUUGCCAGUGUUGUAAAAGACUAGGGAACAAAAGCUGUACAGUGUAUACUACAAUGUCAACAUGGACUCCACAAUUAAAUCUCACAGAGGUUUCACUGCAUGUAUUUGAGCUCUUUUUUUUUUAUUACUCUUCGUAUGUGCUGGAGAAAAUACAGAAAUAUUUUACCGUCCAUUCCUGGUGACUGUAAUUGUAGGGGCGAAGGAUCAGUCGAGCUGAUUUGAUCAGUCCCUUUCUCGUAUCCUAUGAGGAAUAUGCUAUUUCCAUAUUGUAAGACACAAAAUUUAUCAUUAAUUAGGUACAUACAUAUCAUGAUGGCAUGUAUGCAAAAGAGUCAUUUUGUCAUAUAUUUUGUUAUUAGUAAAUUUGUGUCUUAUGGGAUGAGACAAGCUGUAGAAUAAGGAAUGUGUUAGGGAAACACAAAGCGUUAUGUCUCAGUGCAAUUAUGAGGGUUCUCUCUGAUCAAUAUUUUAGUCUUUGCACUCAAAAUUGUUAUAAUAAUUGUGUAUUGAAGAAUGAGACACUUGGGAAUCUUUAUUGAGGGAAUUUAUUACCAGCCAGUGGCUGCUUCAGACCAAUACAGAGAAGAAGAUUCUUCUCUGUAUUGGUUUGACAAACUUACUCACUAGUGAAGGUUUCCUCAUUAAAAAUUCCCUAAUAUUGCACAAGUGUCUCAUUAUUCAACUUUUGAGUUUUCUAAACCAUUUACAUCACACAUAAUUGUAAUUUAUUGUUCCGAGUUGUAAAUACUUUAAUAUACACAUUCAUUUAUGGUAUUCAUCAUGACUUAAAGAAGAAUCUCCAUUUUUGUCUGUGUAAAAUGUUACUUCACACAUUGUUUUGACUCUAAAAUUCCCCAUGUAAUUUUUUUAUUUAUGAGCAAAUCACAGUGAGCUCUCCAUAUAGUUCACUAUAUUUUAUUUCACUAUGUUUUAUAGACAUUUACGUAAUACAUGGAGUAUACCUGGAGAGGGUUUUGGGGGUCAACGCCUCCAUGGCCCGGUCUGAGACCAGGCCUCAUGGUGGAUCAGGGCCUGAUCAACCAGGCUGUUACUGUUGGCUGCACGCAACCCAACAUACAAACCACAGGUGGCUGGUCAGGUACUGACUUUAGGUGCCUGUCUAGCGCCUUCUUGAAGACAGCCGGGCAUUGGCAGCUGACGCUGUUCACACAAGAACUUCUGUAGUGUACUUACGGUUCAAAUUGUUAAAUGCAUAACGUAAAUCUGAUCUAGAAAUACUCAGAUCACAUGACAUCUUACAAGUCUUAUCAGUAUUAGAUGUAAACAAUGUCAGUCGCUUGUGAGUUACUGCAUUAGUGAUGGAACUUGUUCCCUGCAUUAGCACAAACUUGGAAUUAAUCUGACACCUUUUUUUUUUUUUUAUCCGAAGAUGUUUGUAGUGAGCGUGUGCAGAUGUGGAAGACUUUGUGAAAUAUGAUACUGAAUUCUGUUACUUGAAGAUGUUGAUAUAAGUCUUACUUCACACAUUAUCAUUAUAAAUCAACAUUGUCAUUAUUAUCAUCAGUAUUAUCACUAAUCAUCAUCAACAGUUGAUCAUCAUUAUUAAUGAUCAUCAUUAUCAUCAGCUAUCAUCUAGUAUCUGUUGUCUAAGUUAGUGUGGUGUAGAGGUACCCACCAGAAGACAUUAAAAAAACACACAAAUCUGGUAAUUUGGUACCACCUUCCACUCCAAGGUAUCUAUUGGGCUCUUAGUACUACUGCAGCAGUAAUUUUUAUAAUUUUUUUGGGACUAAAUAUGAAUAACCCCUGCUUAAGGGGGAUCACAUUCGCAGGUGUCAGUAUUAACGUCUACGCUAUUUCAUUUUGAUUUGUAAGCUUUUUGGUUAACCAAAGAAUGAAGUAUGUGUACAUCUGCCAUAGGUUUGUGUUAGUCUGGUGUAUAUAAAUGAGUUUGUACAUAUUAUGUAGCAUUUUAUCAUCAUGUAUUGAUUCUAGUUAUUGACACGUAUCCACUGUAUUGUGGACUGUGUACAAGAUGUACAGUAUGUUUGACACAUUGGUAUGGUACUGUAUUUCCACUAAGACUUAAUAAUUGUGGAUAACUGAAGUGUAAUGAACACUUGUUAAUCUGGAGUAAUAACCCACAUGGAGAUGGAAACAUGAGAGAUUAGUUGAUCCGUAUAUGGACCCCCGGUUAACGAUAUUUUUUCAUUCCAGAAGUAUGUUCAGGUGCCAGUACUGACUGAAUUUGUUCCCAUAAGGAAUAUUGUGAAGUAGAUUAGUCCAUUUCAGACCCCCAAACAUACACGUACAAACGCACUUACAUAAAUACACUUACAUAAUUGGUCGCAUUGGGAGGUGAUCGUUAAGCGGGGGUCCACUGUAUUUCGAUCCCAGAAGGGAAUUGAAAUAUACAGCUGAUGAGGAUCCAAGAAACGAAUAAAAAAUAUACAGAUCAGUGAAUCUUCCGAGUUUCUAUCUCUUUGUGGGUUAUUUCAGGAUUAAUAAUUUUUUAACACAUUUUUAAAACAUGAAGUUCUGAAAGUUUCUUUGAGUAUAAAUAUUCAAAGAUUAAAUGAAGAACAAAAACACUUAGUAAAGUAUUAUGGUAAGAUAAAAAAAUAAAUAACUUUUAGUUUAAUUAUGGAAAUGUUUAGAAAAGACGGUUGCUAUUUUCCAAGGUGUUGUAUGUGCCAAAUAUUAUGAUUGUAGUUGCAUUUAAUCCUGUGUAAAAACCAAAGGAAUAAUGGUAAUGGUGUAUAUAAAGCAUAAAUUAGAGCUCAGUACAGGAGGGCCCCUGCAUACGGCACCUAUUUUCUGUGUUCCAUGUUUUUGGUGGCAUUCAGUGGAGUCGCUAUUCAUUAUGUUUGGUGCUUUUACCGCUGCUCUUCCGUUAUUACCUGGAGAGAGUUCCGGGGGUCAACGCCCCUGCGGCCCGGUCUGUGACCAGGCCUCCUGGUCGCUAUUUUCCCACAACAGUUGUGUAAGGGAAGGACGACCAGCACCAUAUUUAGAACUGUAUGAGCAGGGCCCUCCUGUAUACACUCAAAUACUCUGAUUCAGGCAAUAAUUGUGGUUAUUGUGGACUAAUGUGUGUAUGUGUGUGUGUUGGGUACCUCACAAUUUGCUCUGGGUAUCACUAAAAUAAGUGCCCCUAGGUUUUCACUGGUAACAAGAAGUAUUAGCAGUGUCUGGUAGACUCAUCUACCACUGAAGAAGUUAGGAUUUACAUAGUUCACUAUUUAACAGUGCACAAAUAAUAUGAUAUUCAGUAUGUAUGUGUGUAGUUUUCUAUUUGGCUAGUUGUUAUUACCUACCAAACUUGAAUUUGUCUGUGUUGAGCUUGGCUUUGUCUUCUAAUUUUCAACUAACCGACACGUAAUAAUGUUGUCAUCUCUACUUUUAAACCCUUGCGUGGAUUCUGUUUGUACUGUGUAAGUGUUCAUACUUUUAUACCACUUCCCUCUUUUCUUGAGAAAGUGUUUUCGCAUAUUCCUGUGGCUCGUUUGAGUGUGUAGUUACUAUCCAUGUUCUCUUGUUCUAGUUCUCUGAUAAAAUGUCUGCCUCUGUCUAUCCUGUCUGUAUCUGAGAAUAUUUUGUAUAUUGUGAUCAUAUCCCCUCUCAUUUUUUUAGUCAUCCAGAGGUAGGAGGCUUAACUUUUUUCAUAACUAAUUCCUCUGGCACUAGCCUGGAUAUGUAUCUUUAGACCUUCUCAUUUGUCCUUGUAUCUGACUAGGUGAGUCUCACUGGUUAACAUACUCAAAAAAGGAUCUCAUGUCUUGAGUGUGUCUUUACAAAGGUUUCUGAAUACCCUUCUUAUAUUCCUGAGCUUAGCAUGCAUUACUGAUAUUGCUGUCUUUGUGUUCCUUGACUGUUUACAUGAGAUUUUUAUCAUCCAGUUGGUACACUAUCUCUUGUCUUUAUUCUCCUUCCAAUCUUGUUACUGUGGUUUUUGCACCCUUCUACCAUCCUCGUCUAUUUGUAUUCUCAUUAUUUUGGCAUCAUUUGCUAACAAGGAUGUUUAGAAGUUUAUUCCUUUUGGUAAGCCCUUUGUAUACAUUAAAAAGAAUAGUAUGAGUCCCAGUACUGAUCUUUGGGAUGCUCUACUGGUUACACUCCCACCUUAUACUUCAUCUUUCACUGUAAUCUUUUGUUUUCUGUUAUUCAAAUACUGUUUACACUAAUCCAUCCUAUUACCUUAUUUCUCAUUACCCAUUGUAUAUCAUUUUUCUUGUUCCCUCCAUUGCUUGAGAUGAUAUAACUACCCAGAGUUCUUCUGCUUCUAUCCUAUUCUCUAGUGUUGGGAUUCCUCUGUGCUUCUUUUUUUAUGCUCAUUGCUGAGGUUUGCCUCUACAAUAUUGUAUAAGGUCUGUGUAUUCACUACAUUGUUUGUGAGGGUCGAGUCUUGGCUCCUCGCCCUGCCACCUAACAGUUGCCCAGUACUAAUGAUUCAUGGCCUCUUAGUUCCUCAAUCAAACCUGCUCGUCAAACUGUGUAUGGAAUUUACCACCACCAUAACUUCCUCAUCAAGCUUGUUCCUCUUACCAUGCUAAGACUGGAGAAGUAUUUCCUAAUGUCCCAGUGCCUCAGCUGUGUUUUUGGUUUCCAUCUAUAACCCUUUCAGCCCUGUACUAUACCUAACAUUUUAAGCAGUUUUUUUUUCUAUGUCCACCCUGCAAAAUUCUGUUGAAUAUCUUGUAAAUUGUAACCAAGUCAACCCUGGUUCUAAGGCUCAGUUCCUUUAUUCUUUCCUCACAAUUAUAUCCCUCAGCUCUAAAACUGGUCUUCCUGCAAAAUUUAUGGACUUUUUCAGGUUUCUGAACCUGCUUCACCAAUUGUGGAUGCCAUGAUGGCACUGCAUACUCUAUCAUAGGUCUGACAUAUUUUAGGCUUUUGUUAACCUCUGAAAGAAGGAGAGAGAGAGAGAGAGAGAGAGUGAAUGCAUAUGUGAAAGAUUACCUCUAUAUUUGGAGGAGUUGAGUGCCAUGUUCAUGGUGUUCCUUUCUUUAGUAUUUAGUUUGUUGCCUAAUUUUUUUAAAAGUUUCUAUCAGGCUACCACUAUUUGUCAACUAUUGCCUAGUGUCAUAUCAGCACAAGUGUGUGUGACGACUUGUGUUCAUAAGUGUGUGUGUGUGUGUGUGUGUGUGUGUGUGUGUGUGUGUGUGUGUGUGUGUGUGUGUGUGUGUGUGUGUGUGUGUGUGUGUGUGUGUGUAUGUGUGUGUGCAUGUGCAUGUGUGUGUGUGCACUUAUGGUGUUCACAAGUGAGUAUGAGUGUGCAUGUGUUUAUGGUAUAUAGUAUAAGUACACCUGCAGGAUAUAAAUGCAUACAUGUGUAAAUAUUAACUGAAUCAUGAUAUACAGAUUUUUAAACCCAUAUAAACAGUUGCCACAGUUAACAAACAUGCACAUUUACACUGUCCUGGAUUAAUACUCUCUACUGAGGUAUUGUCUUAUUGGUCAGGAGCUAUGAUCUGCUCCUACACGUUGUGUGGUAUUACCCUCAGUUGUUGAAGAUGACAAGCACACUGAAUCAUUGUGGAAUGAGAAUAUUGUAUUCAUGAGGAAGAGCCAUGCUCAUACAGGACAUACUAGCCUCCCUUGAAGAGAAGGAAUAAGAGUAAAACUUCCAUGUUUGCUAAUCUUACGUACAAAAAUCUGCCUCUCCACUUUGGUAUCCUCCGUAACAAACAGUACAAUGCUGUAAUUAAGCCAAUAUCGUUUCCUCGAGAUUAUUAUUAUAUUCACGAGAGAGCGUUGAACCCAUAUAGGUCGGACAGCACCCUGCUUGAGAGCAAAAAAUUUGUGUUGUAGAUAUUGGUGAUCUGAAUGUGCUUCAGUGGUGAAUCACAUGGCUUAUUAAAUUACUGAAGUUUCUAACAUAUGACCUCUAAGGACCAAUUUCUUAAUACUUAUCAGUUGCUUAGAUAUCCCAUCUAGUCUGUCAGUCACUACAAAGCUGUAUUUUGACCACUGGCGGUUAUGCAGUCCCCCAAAGAUUUAAAAUGGUAAAUUGCCUAGUAUUAUAUCAUUUUAUUAUAUAUAAUUAGAUUAAUUAUUUUUAUAAUUAUGUAAAUUGUCUAAUUGGUAAAAUAUGUAUAUGUGCCUGUUUACACUGAGGUUCCCGGAGACGGCCUCUUAUAUAAACGUUAUACUUUUUCAUUGUUUUAUAGGGAGAUUAUCUCUAUGUAAUUGUUUGUGCAGCAUAAUGCUAAUGUACUUGUAUCAGUAAAAUGAUCAUGAAAGCAAA